AUAAAAUCCUUAAACGUAAUGCUGUAGUCAUUUUAAACACGUGUGUGUGUGUGUGUGUGUGUGUAUUCAUUUUGACUUUUAAUCUGCAAGAACCAUGCAUAGAAAAAUAUUGCAAUAGGUUUAUUAAUGCUUUUGUAAUUCUAGCCUCCAGACCGGUUGAUAUCUGUAAAGAAAACAGUGCUGACUGUUAAAUAGUCAUGCGUUUCCAACAAAUUAUGGAAACAAGAUGCGUUUUUUGUUUUUUCUUUCUCCUGACUGAAAACAUUGCAGUGAUGAGUGCUCAAGGAAAGGAUUUUAAUCAGAGUUGGCUUUCCAUGGGACCUUUGUCUCCAACACUAAUAUCUACGAUUGUAAUAGGAAACCCGAUCAACGAGUCCAUGCCUCGGCGACCAAGAGUUUUGCCUCCUAUGUGCACAGGUCCCACGGAAAUCAGGGAUACCUUCAAGUAUAUUAACACCGUGGUUUCAUGCCUUGUAUUUGUAGUUGGGAUAAUCGGAAAUUCUACGCUGCUUAGAAUAAUUUAUAAAAACAAAUGCAUGCGGAACGGUCCAAAUAUUCUCAUUGCAAGUCUGGCGCUUGGGGACCUCUUACACAUCAUGAUAGACAUUCCCAUCAAUGUGUAUAAGCUUCUGGCUGAAGAUUGGCCAUUUGGUGUUGGACUUUGCAAACUGGUUCCUUUUAUACAAAAGACAUCAGUUGGCAUUACAGUUCUGAGUUUGUGUGCACUGAGCAUAGACAGGUUUCGAGCAGUGUCAUCCUGGAACCGCAUCAAAGGCAUUGGUGUUCCCAAAUGGACAGCCAUUGAAAUCAUUCUGAUAUGGGUGUUGUCCAUUAUACUUGCAGUGCCAGAGGCCAUUGCCUUUGACAUGAUCACAAUGGACUACAAAGGAGAGCAGCUUAGGAUUUGCCUUCUGCACCCUAUGCAGAGAAUCAAGUUUAUGCAGUUUUAUAAGUCAGCCAAAGAUUGGUGGCUUUUCAGCUUCUACUUUUGCAUGCCGUUGACAUGUACUGCCAUCUUCUACACUCUUAUGACCUGUGAAAUGCUUCGGAAAAAAAAUGGAGUCCAAAUUGCACUCAGUGAUCACAUAAAACAGAGACGUGAGGUGGCUAAAACCGUUUUCUGUUUGGUGUUAGUCUUUGCACUGUGCUGGCUUCCACUGCAUCUUAGUCGUAUUCUUAAACUUACGAUUUAUGAUGAAGGGGACCCCAACCGUUGUGAGCUUCUGAGCUUCUUCUUGGUUCUUGAUUAUAUUGGGAUCAACAUGGCAUCAGUGAACUCAUGUAUAAACCCAAUUGCUUUGUACAUGGUUAGCAAGCGCUUCAAGAGCUGCUUCAGAUCAUGUCUGUGUUGCUGGUGUCUGCCUCCUGAAAUACUAGCCAUGGAUGACAAACAGUCCUGCAUGAAGCUGAAGGUAACAGAGCGAGGAUCUGAACAAAGUAACAGCCGUGUCUCCAACAAGUAUACUUCAAAUUAGGCACUGAUAUGCUUACAUGUAUCAGUGGUCAACAAUUUUACUUUAACAUUUAAUACUAUGCAAUUAAUACCAUGAACCAUAAGAUGGUGAUAUGAAAGGCAAAUCUAAGAUUGUGCUUGUAAGGUUAAAAGAAGCAUACAUAUUACAUAAGCAUACGUUCUUGUUUUGAAGGAGUUUGCAUAAGACUGUCAUGACACCUUCAUAAUCAUGGCAUGACAUCUAAUGAACAUGAAUGAAGUUUUACAUGUUUACAACUUUCUUUAAGGUCUUUAAGGGCCAUUUGCUCAAUUAUUUUAUUUUAAAUGCAAAAGUUAAAUAGUUUGAUGUCUUUUUGAUGUCUAACAACUUGACAUUACAACAAGACCACAUAACUUCUCAUAAAUCUGAUGAUAAAUCUGAUAAUUCAGCAAAAUAUUAUAACAACAAUGCUGGGUUUGUUUUUGGUAAACAUAAGUAGUUGCCCAACAGGAUAGUUUAAGUCAACAAUCCUAUUGCAUGGGUGCAACAAGAGAUUUGAGUAGUCUACAUGCUAAUCUCCAUGUCUCAAAGCCUUGAGCAUGUUGCCAAUUUCUUAAUCAUGUGUUAUAAAUCCUGCUGUGCUGUUCAGUUUAUUUUUAAAAUCUUAUUUAUAGUAUUUCUAUUUUUGUUCUGUUGUCCAUCUAUUAUGUAAGAAUUGUAUCCUAAAUUAGUUGCAAAUACAUUUUUUUUGACAGUAAAGGUAGAAAAACAUAUAACAAUGUAAAUAACUAAUUACACUAUUUGCAGUUAAUUGUGCUGUCCAAGUCUCAGUUACAGCAUUAAGUAUUAACAAUGAUAUAAUGAGCAACUAAUCUUAAUAGAUACAGCUUUUGAUUUUAAAAUGUUGUCAAUAAAUAAGAUUAAUAACUUAUGUAGAUUUAUUUAUUAGAAUAUGCUAGUUUAUUUUAACUGCAGUAGUUUACUCACAUUUACAGAUAAAAUAGUUUAGUAGCUUAAAUAUUUCAUUUAGGCAGAUGAUCACAUGCCAUAUAAUUAUAUCAACUAGUUGAGCACAUUUUAUUUUGAUUAUUAUUGGUGUUGUUGUUGGGUUUGAAAUGUUUGUUUGUUUUGUAGUAUUCAGAUAUGUGAUCAGGUUUUACUAUUAUUUUUAAGGGUUAAACAAAAUUACAUAUGGAUCUUAAAUGUAAAAUAAAAUGUCUUACAUAAAAUGUA